UCCCCAUCCCACCACCUGUCCAAGCCCACAGCAACCCUUCUCCCCACACCAACACGUGGGAGGAGGCUCUGGCCAGGUGGGACCAGCCCAUCGGGGACCAUCCAGUCCCCAGGGCUGGCCAGGGGCUGGGCACCACCGGAGGCCCCACCAACCCUGUCCUCCUGUCCCAGCUGGGCAAGAAGAUCGAGAUGGUGCUGAUGGUCUACGACUGCGAGGGCCUGGGCUUGAAGCACCUCUGGAAGCCAGCUGUGGAUGUCUACAGCGAGCUCCUGACGAUGUUUGAGGAGAAUUACCCCGAGACCCUCAAGCACCUCUUUAUUGUGAAGGCCCCCAGGAUCUUCCCCGUGGCCUACAACCUCGUCAAGCACUUGCUGAGCGAGGACACCCGCAAGAAGGUCGAGGUCCUGGGAUCCAACUGGAAGGAGGUCCUGCAGAAGUACAUUGACCCCGACCAGAUCCCCGUGGAGUACGGGGGCACCCUGACGGACCCCAACGGGGACCCCAAGUGCCAGAGCAAGAUCAACUACGGGGGGGACGUGCCCAAGCGGUACUACGUGCGGGACCAGCUGGCGCAGCAGUACGAGCACACGGUGGUGGUGAACCGCGGCUCGUCCCACCAGGUCGAGUACGAGAUCCUCUUCCCCGGCUGUGUCCUCAGGUGGCAGUUCAGGUCGGAGGGAGCCGACGUGGGUUUCGGGGUCUACCUGAAGACCAAGGUUGGGGAGCGGCAGCGGGCGGGCGACAUGACCGAGGUGUGCCCCAACCAACGCUACAACUCCCACAUGGUGCCCGAGGACGGUUCCCUCACCUGCUCCACACCCGGCAUCUACGUCCUGCGCUUCGACAACACUUACAGCUACCUCCACUCCAAGAAGGUGAGCUACAGCGUGGAGGUCCUGCUGCCCGACGCCACCUCCGCCCAGGAGAUCCAGAAGCUGGGGGACAGGCCGAGCGAGGUGGCCCUCAACCACG